AUGGAAAGCUCAGAUUCUAGUGAGAAGGGAAGCCUUGAUCAGUCCGAAGCACAACGCCAGAGCCAGCUGGAUCGCUUGGAUCGAGAAGAAGCUUUCUACCAGUUUGUCAACAACCUGAGCGAAGAGGACUACAGGCUGAUGAGAGAUAACAACUUGCUAGGAACACCAGGUGAAAUUACUGAAGAAGAGUUGCUGAGAAGGCUACACCAAGUUAAAGAAGGUCCGCCACAGCAAAACAGUGAUGAGAAUAGAGGUGCAGAGUCCGCAGAAGAUGUUUCAAAUGGAGAUUCUAUAAUAGACUGGCUUAAUUCAGUCCGACAGACUGGCAAUACAACACGGAGCGGGCAGCGAGGAAACCAGUCGUGGAGAGCGGUGAGCCGGACUAACCCCAACAGCGGAGACUUCAGGUUCAGCCUGGAGAUCAACGUCAACCGUAACAAUGGGAACACAAACCCAGAAACUGAGAACGAGCCCUCCGUAGAGCCUUCCGCUGGGGAGGAGUUGGAAAACAGCCAAAGUGACUCUGAAAUUCCAAGGUCUGAAUCACCAUCUGUAAGGCAGCCUGGGUCAGAGAGGAGCGCUCCGGAGGAGCUAACCCCCGAGGAAGCUUCCCCUCCUAGAGGGCAGAGGAGAGCGAGGAGCAGGAGUCCGGAGCAGCGGAGAACGCGGGCCAGGACUGAUAGAAGUAGGUCACCUCUUAAUCCAGUGAGCGAGGCUCCUCGCAGGUCCCACCACAGCACAUCCUCUCAGCCACCCGACCUCUCCUCGGCGAGCGAGGCCGAGGGGAGCUCUAGAACCAGGCAGCACGUGACGCUCAGGCAGCAGCAGGCGGCGGCCGAGGCGCCGAGCGACGGCGCCGUC